AUGGAUUCGACUCGAACUAUAGCCGAGUUGAAAUCUGCAUUCAUCUGGAGCCAAGUCCGCGUCUUCUCCGAGAGCCUUGAUUUACCCGAAGACUGGCGACACUAUGCUCCUGAAACUACUGAAGGUGAUUUGAGUGACAAGGUGAUCGAAGAUGUCCUACACAAAGUAAAUGCAGCCGCUAAACAGCACAAUCGCGUUGUUUAUUCAUCCCAAGCCAUACACCAUGUUGCCCAGCAGAUUGCAAAUUUGUACUGGUCGUCGGUCAGUCAGGAGACGCGCCAUCGAGAUGCUUUUUCUCAUAGUAUCGAAAAAACAACGGAUUUGUCACGGGGGAUAAACAUCACAAAGAUGCCUGUCAACUUGGAAAGCCAGGAAGCAAGCGAAGAGGACCAUGCAAAGUCAGUUUACAAACACACGUCCGGAUUUUCUCCGAUUGAAUCGCACAGGUACCAGCAGCUCCGUGAGCGGCUCGCAAGUCUCGACACUCAACGGCAGCAACGGCAACGGCACCUUGAUCAGUUACAUCAUCUUCGAAGAUUACUCGAGCCAUUUGAACAUCCCCAAAAAGACAUUCAACCCAAUCUUAUCACGAAGGAUGGAGAACUUGUUCAAGAAUUAGAGAAAAUGCGCAUGCUCGUAGCCAGAGCUGGGGGCCGGAUUACACAACAGAAAAGAAGCAGCGGUGCCCUUGAAAAUUACGAUUACUCACUUCCAGGCUCUAGUCAGAGAUUGGAAGCCCUAUUGGAUAUGCCUUGA